AUGGAAAAAUACGGAGAUGAUCAUCAAUCGGGACGGCCGAGCGGCAGUCGCAUAAAGACAAGUCUGGAGCCGGUUACCGGAAGUCUCGAUUGCGGCGUCCAGGAAAGUCUCGAAGCGGCGUUCGAAAAGUCUGGAAGCGGAAAUCGCUAUAGAUAUUCGAGAAAGACCUCGAUCACAGAAGGAUGGUUGAGUCAAGAGAGGCCAGUGCAGUGCGCCGGAAUUAUUUUGUACAUAACUGCUAUAAUAGUUAGUCGUAUGAUCAUGUUUUCAUGGAUCUUGGUGUUCGUGCUUUCUUUGUAUGUAUACUACAAAAAUAAAAGAAAAUCUAGUCUACCGCCAGGACCUUGGAAUUUACCCCUAAUAGGUUCUUUACAUAGAUUAGAUUCAAAAGCACCGCACAUUUCUUUAACAAAACUUGCACGAAAAUAUGGACCGAUUUACACAAUAAAACUAGGAUUAUUGGACACUGUUGUAAUUUCAGAUGCCAAACUAUUAAAAAAAGUCUUAAUGAAAGACGAAGCCUUGGCAAGACCACCACUUUACUUGCUCGAUUUUAUAUUUAGAGGAAAAGGUGUUGCUUAUAGUCCUAUUCAUGUGUGGAAACAUCAAAGAAAAUUUACUGCCAAUUUUCUGAGAACAUCAGGUGCUGCCAGAACCUCAUCCAACAAAAUAAUUCUAGAGAAUCAUAUAGGAAACUGUGCUGACGAGUUUAUUCAGUAUAUAAAAGAACAAGGAGACUACGUAACAUUGAAUCCUUCUGACAGUAUAGUAUACUACGUUACUAAUAUUUCGAGCGCAUUGUUUCUCGGCAAGGCGUUUUCCCGUGACAAUGAAACUCGACAAAUUUUAACUCACAAUAUAGAUGAAAUUUCAAAACAAGCAACAAUUGGUGGUGCUUUAAACUUUCUACCAUUUUUACGUGUGUUACCAAAAUACAAGAAAAUAGUAACGUCGUUUGAAAAAAGUUUCAACAAAAUUCAUGAAAUUGGAAAAGGAUUAAUCCAGGAAGUUAAACUAACCGGUUCUAAUACGGACGAUACUGUACCAAACUUGAUUGAAGCAUUUUUAACACAAGGCUCUAAAUUUCUUCCUACAGAAAUUUACAAUGAAGAGCAACUGCUUCACCUCGUGGUAGAUAUGCUUGGCGGAAGUAUCGAAACUACCGUGAAUUCGUUACUGUGGAUUUUGUUGUAUUUAGCAAAAUAUGAAAACAUACAAAACAAAGUACGUCAGGAACUGUUUGAUGUAUUACAAGGUAAAACACCUAAAAUGGAUGAUUUGCCUAAACUACCUUACACAGAAGCUACCAUUGCCGAAGUUCUUAGAAACAGAAGUAUACUUCCUUUAGGAUUUCCACGUUACACCUUAGACGAUAUAGAAGUAGAAAAUUUUAUAAUACCAAAAAGUACCAUGAUAAUGCCACUACUAUGGGCACUUCAUACAGAUCCUACAGUUUGGAAAAACCCUGAAGAAUUUUGUCCCGAUAGGUUUUUAAAUGAUGAUGGAAAAUUUCAUCAACCAGGAUCGUUUCUCCCAUUUCAGACAGGCAAAAGAAUGUGUGUUGGCGAAGAUCUGGCAAAAAUGAUAAUAUUUCUUUUUAUUUCUACGGUUUUGCAAAAUUUUAAAAUUGAACGUGCUAAUUCUAGUCCAGUUAAUUUGAUGGCUUCUUGUGGAAUUACCCUAAUUCCUAAGCCACAAGAGUUGCUUUUUGUAAAACUUGAGAGUUAG